AUGUACCUCGGAUUGACGAUCGUUUUCAUUCUACUCGUUACCACGAGUACGUAUGGAGCAGCCUCCAUAGGAAACAGUCAGACGUCGAGUACUCCCUGCUGCGACAAAAGGCUACUGUCGUCUUUCAAGCCUGUGGUGUCGCAGUCAAGUGGCAACGAAGAGAGAAUAAAUAAUCCUAUCAAGACGAUGGAAAUCAGGUCCUGGUUCAUGAACGGCAAGACCCAAGACUUCGUCGAGAAUUCGUUAAAGCUAAAGGGGCUGUCAGGUGAGGCAAAGAGAGCCCAUCCCAACUACAAGUACUACCAGAAAUUCUUGUACGACGUCGAAGGCCGACAGCUUGAUCAAUUGUAUCGUCGGGGCAUUCCAAUGGAGACGCUUUGGAAACGAUUGAGACUGGAAAAUGUCCGGUUGAAGGAGCUGGAUAAAAAUAAUGGGUUUCGGAUCUUCGUUCGCUUUAUGGAGAGAUAUGAUGAAUCAAAUUUCGUGUCGAUGCAACGAGGCGUCAUGAAGCACGUAUGGACGGCCUACCAGCAUUUACCCGAAGGACACAAGUACGCGGCUGCCAUCGUGUGGGGCAGAGCCGGAAGACCCCGAAAGUACGUCAAACUAGCGUUACGUAUGGAUACUUCCGCCAAUAGAAACCAGUUUUACCAGAAAUUCCUACAAGUGUCAGGGAAAAAGGACGGAUAA